AUGGCGACGGUGAAGAGUGCGACGCCGCCACGCUUCAAACGGAGGGGGGCGCGAAGGGAGACGACGCCAUGUAGGAUCACGCUCUCGCAGAGGGGAAAGCGAACCGCGGAAGAGGAGGAGGCGUCCGCCGCGGUGGUUGUUCAUCGGCCGCUGUCCGAGUCGGCGAUCCUCCCGCCGCCGAGCUUCUUCCUCGUGGACUCCUUGGAUCUCGCACCCCGUCUUCUAGGGAAGCUUCUCCGACGGGACGACGUCGUUCUCCGGAUCACCGAGGUGGAAGAUGGAACUCAAGCCCCAUUCCCUCCCGUCCUCUGCACCGAGGAGCGAUGCUUUUUCCGCCAAUACUUGUUAGAUACGAUCUGAUUUCGCUUGAUCUUGCAGGUGGAGGCAUACAGGGCGAAUGACACUGCCUGCCAUGGCCGUUUUGGCGUCACGUCGAGAACCGCCCCCAUGGUAAAUCAUCUAUUGCCCCAUCCUCGCAGUACUAUCCCCAACUCUUCCCAGUAUCUCAACAUUGACCGUAUCCUCUCUGCACGCGAUGAUCUGUGAAUAAAAAUAUCUGAAACUGAUCCCAUUGAUGUUUCUUCAGUUCGGGCCGGGAGGGCACACCUACGUCUACAUGUGCUAUGGCAUCCACAUGAUGCUCAACGUCGUCGCAGACAAGGAAGGAGUAGGUGCUGCUGUCCUGAUACGCUCCUGUGCUCCCGUCAGCGGUGAAAAACCUCCCCCUCUCUCCCUUCCUGCACCAAUAUACAUUUGAUCACUACAUUUUUUUUUAAUCUCUGUGUAUGACGCCUGGUUUAGCUUCCAGUCGGUGUCCGAUGUUAAUAACAUAGCGGCGCCCGAUGACGUUCAUGCCUAAAAAUAUGUGAAUCUGAGGUGCAUGACGGAGGUUUCUAUUGUUUCAAGCUUGUGCUUCUGUCAUAUGUGAUUGAUGGCAUACUGCUUCCGGGCACCUUAUAUCUCCAUAUAGAAUAUGACUUUUCUUGAUUCCUUGUCAGGAACCAAUGAAUGGGCAUCUAUUGGUUUUGAUAUGAAUGAUGUUAGUGCCAUUUCUCAGUAGCUGGUUGGAAGAAAAGUGACUGAUUCAGGUAGCAUGGUCAAUCUGUCAAACGUCAACACUAUUUUUUGCAUGAAUACCGAUGAAAUAAUCUUUUCCUAAUGACAUUUUUUUGUUCUCCUUGUGAGAUUUAGAAGCCUUGGAUGCAUAAAUUACCCACUUAAUUAGGUAAAAAAAAAUGAAACAGUAAAUAUUAAACAUUAUACUCAUCAAUUUAAGUGUUUGACUUUGCGUGAUGAUGUUUUUUUUUGCCAGAAUAACAGCUUAUCAGGGUUUUUUUCCCUUUAUGUUUAUUUUCAUUCUAUUACCUUCCAACACUCAGAAAACCACCGAUUUGGCAUUCUUUCAACGUCAGUCAACGCCAAUACCAGUGGUUGAUUCUGUUUGACUACAGGACUGGCGACUAUCCAGCAACGGCGGAAGCAGAGAACUGAUAAACCAAUCCUUCUCACUGGCCCCGGAAAGGUUCGUACCUGUGAUAUCUUCAGCCUCAUUGGAUAAUAUGUAGCUUCGUUAAUAUUUCUGAUCAGAUAAUAUCUUCAUACUUGUUGCAUUCCUUUCGACCAUCCAGCCAAAUGAUCUGCCUGCGAUUUCUCUUUGACUUUCAUUCAAUGAUGAAAGAUUAUUGUAUCUGCCACGUCUGGCAAUUAAUACACAUGAUCCAAGCAAUCUUAUGAUAAGUUGCCAUUACCAACUCUCCUGAAUUGCCGAACUUACGUUGACUUUUGGAUCAUAUCGACUUACCAAGACAGUGACAGUUUCCAUUUAGAUGCAUCUUUUUCCGUUGACUUUGUUUCCAUCUCGAACAUGGUCAGAUUGGUCAAGCCCUGGGACUUUCAACAUCAUGGUCGAAUCACCCCCUCUACGUACCUGGUAGACCAACGCACACUUUCUCAUCUCAUCUCAUCCUCCUGCUCAUUUGUUUCGUUAUCUCUUGGUAACACGGGUUCCUCUCAGGUGGUCUGGAGCUGCUUGACGGGCCCGCGCCGGAGGGGAUCCUGGUGGGUCCGCGGGUGGGCAUUGACUACGCCUCCCCAGAACACGUGGCUGCGCCCUGGAGGUUCGCCGCUGCCGACAGCCCCUGGAUAAGCGCUCCCAAGAACACCCUGAAGGCUCAGGCCAACGAAGUCAACGAAGAGUCAUAA